AUGGAUCUCCUAGCCACGGUGCGGAAGGAAGGUUCUCGAGGUGGAACGGGAGACUUCAAAUGGUCCGAUGUUCAGACCUCCUCGCGCCGCGAAAAUUAUCUAGGACACUCGUUAAUGGCCCCAGUCGGGCGUUGGCAAAAGGGUCGAGAUCUCAAUUGGUAUGCAAAAGGUGAAACCCCAGGAGAUGCAGGCGAGGAUGCAGAUGCCAAAGCUGCAAGAGAACGAAGAGAAGAGAUUCGUCGAAUCAAAGAGGCGGAAGAAGAUGCCCUGGCAAGAGCACUAGGACUCCCUGUUGCGCCACGAAACAACCCCAACAUGGAAGAAUUAGGCACACAACGUGAGGUUAGGAAGGUUUUGAAAGAGGCCGCCGGAGAUGAUGAGCUCACAGGUACAAGGGGGGUUGGCUAUGGCCGGGCUUCAGACCCGCAGAGAGGAGAUGCUACUACUGAGCGCCUCGAAGGCACAGGAGGAGAACAAGAUCGGGAACUGAAAUAUGCGCUUAAAGAAUACAAGCGACGCCAUGGUGAUCGAAAACGCCGCAGGACGAAGACCCUCGGCACAGGAGUCACAGACAAGAGCACCACAGGCACAGACGGUCCAGGUCAGUCUCAUCUGAAAGACAACGGAUCCGAGAACGUCGUGGGAGGUCAAGGAGCAGGUCUCCCGGCUAUUCGCGCCCGGAUCCUGAUCAUAGACGGCAUGAAGAAGAACGGCGAUACAGCCGACGCUGAGGUUCAGACCAAGUAUUGGGUUUCCAACCAGUCAAGCAUGUCAACCUAA